AUGUGGAAGAUACACCAUAAAUUAUUAAGCCCAGCGUUCAGUCAGCAAGUCCUGAAUACGUAUUUGAAUGAAAUGGACGUACAAGGUCAAAAUCUAGUCUCGCAAUUGGCAACAGUGGCGGAGAAGGGACCAGUUAAUAUCACUGACUUCUUAUUUAAACAUGUCCUAAGAACAGUUUCCCGUACGUCACUGCGGCUGGAUGCUAAAGAUCAGGAUAUGAUUGACAAUGACUACGUUGAAGCGGUUGAAGAAAUAGGAAACAUUAUAAUUCAUCGCGCUUUAAGCCCACUGUUACAUCUUUCAUUUUUAUUCAAUAGGACCGCAAUGAAGAGAAGGCAAGUGGAACUAAGUAGAGACAACAGGAAGCUGUUAGAUCCUAUAAUUCAGAAACGAAAAUCUGACUUAAAAUCAACUAAACAUACAGUCAAUAAUAAUAAAGAGUAUUCAGUACCAGGUAAAUUCAAACCUAUAUUAGAUUUGUUGUUGCAUUUAUCUGAUGAACAAUAUGCCCUCUCCGAUGAUGAAAUCAGGGCGCAUCUGAAUACUUUUGUGGCAGCUUCAUUCGACACAACUUCAUCAGUACUUCAGACCGUGUUGUUAGCGCUUGGAUCAUAUCCUGAUGUACAGGAACGAGUUUUUAAUGAGAUCCAAGAUAUUUUUGAAAAUAGAGAAGAGGUGAUUAAACAUGACCUGGCAAAACUCGUUUACUUGGAAGCAGUGAUAAAGGAGGUAUUGAGGGUUUAUAAUGUAGUUCCUAUGAUAGCGCGGAAACUUGACAAAGAUAUUGUACUCCCAAAAUAUACUCUACGAGCUGGAAGCUCCUGUAUCCUGUCGAUAUACGGCCUUCACCGUCACUCCUCGUGGGGCCCAGAUGCGAAGGAGUUCAAACCGGAGCGAUGGUUGAAUCCCGAAACUUUACCUACUAAUCCCAACGUAUACUCCCCGUUUGGUAUUGGCAAGCGAAUUUGCAUUGGAAGACAGUACGCCAUGAUGUCCAUGAAGACGUCGCUUAUCCAUAUCGUACGAAAUUUCCACAUUUCUGGUGAUAUCAGUUCAUUGAAGUGGAAUUUUGAAGUCGUACUAAAAGCAAAAAAUCCUCUUAUUACUUUGACGUUAAGGUCUUAA